UAGAUUUUUAUCUAUUAUAGAUUAGUCUGUCUGUAGUUUAAAAAAUAAUCUAGGUUAAAAAAAAAGUAGAUCUACAUCUAAUAUCUAGAUUUAGAGCCUAGUACAUGAAGAUUGAGCUCAGCUUAUUCCUACGGAAACAUAAUUUGCGUCAAGGCGAGGAAAAUGUGCCUUACAUUUUUUAAUUCAACAUGUGACAAUGUGACUGAGUGUAACUUUGCAUUCAUUGAGUGAUAAUGAUUAGAUGUAAUGUGAUAACAAGCAUGUUGAAAGGGAUUUGAAAAAGGACUAAUAUUUAUAGUACAACAAUUAGUUGUAUUGUGCGAUGGAUAACCACAAUGCUGAGCAACUUGAGCCUUUCACUGUAUCUGAGAAAGUUAACAAUGUUGAGGAAGAGAAACAACCUGUUGGUGUCAUCACUAAGCUCAAGACAGACUUGGCUUACAGAAAGAGAGUAUUCCAAUCACUUCUGUUGUCAGUUUCCAGCUUUACAUUGGGAAUUGUUCUUGGACAGCAAGGACCUUCGUUUCUUGACUUACAGAUCAUAACCAAUACGGAUGUUGUACAAGCAUCAGCAUUUUUCACAUCUGCUUCCUUUGGUUAUAUGGUUGGCUCUUUUAUCAGUGGCUUUGUUCAUGGGAAGGUCAAUAACAAUAUAAACAUGGCAGUUGUAUGUGCUGGAGCUGGUCUAGGUGCUAUUACAACUCCUCAUUGUUCCUCUUACUACCUCAUGAUUGCUAUUAGAUUUACAACGAAUAUGUUUUGUGGUGGAAUUGAUACAUUGGUUAAUGCGGAACAUAUGUCAAUCUGGGGCAGUGAAGCACAGGCAUUACUUCAAGUUAUCCAUUUUACUUUUGCUUUUGGAGGAGUUAUCACCCCUUUAUUUACUGAACCAUUCCUUACUCCCAAAGAUGUAAAAAUGGCAAAUUUAUCAAAUUAUUUAAAUGUAACCGGGCAUAACUUAUCAAUCAAUUUAAGCUCUUUUAAUGAAGGGACAAACUCAACAUUACUUCCUUCAGAGUUUAACAAGUACACAGAUUUUAAUCUUACCAACAGUUCUGAAAUUUUCCUGGAUAACAUAUCUGCUGAGCUUAAAUACAGGACUACAAAAGUGCAUUAUGCUUUCCUUAUAGCUGGAUGCAUAGCUAUUAUGACAUCUAUACCAUUUUUCAUCAUGAUUUUCUAUGACAAGAAAUCUAAAACGCCCCAUGACGAAAACUAUAUUCAAGUCCCUUCUAGAAAACUUCCACUUCAUUUACACAUCUUCCUUAUUAUAACACUUUGCUUUUUCUUUCUUGUUUAUUGCUGCGUUGAAGACACGUUUGCUUCAUUUCUCAUGACCUUUCUUGUUAAAGAAUACGAGGAGGUUUCAAAAUCAAAAGGUGCUUACAUAACAACUUUCUACUGGGCUUCUUUUGCCUUGGGAAGAUUUCUUUGUAUCUUUGUUUGCAAAUUUCUCAUAGCAGUGAAGGUUAUUACAUUGUACACAAUCUUGAUGGUCUUGGCUUAUUCAGGUUUUACAAUUUGUGCCACCUAUGGGUUGAUUGAUGGGCUGACAGUAUUUGCUGGCAUGGCAGGUAUAUCCAUGGCACCAGUGUUUGCUUCAGGGUUUAAUUGGGCCGGUUCAGAGCUUUUGCAGGUCACAGGUUGGAUAUCCUCUUUCAUUCUCAUUGGCAGUUCUAUUGGCAUGAUGAUCAAUCCACUUAUAAUAGGAAACCUCAUGGAGAGGCUCUCUAACAUGUGGUUCUGUUAUGUUCUUCUAAGUCAAACAUUUUUAUUGUGUGGUGUUUUUGUAUUUUUACUUUCACUGAACAGAUUAUAUAUUAAUAAAGUGUAUGGCACAGUAGGAGGGCAGCGUUCAUUGGAAAUUGAAGUAGAUGCUCCGGAAAAAGAAACUGAGCCUAGACUCUUAAACUCUGGGAAUGAAAAUAAAACUUCAGUAUGACACAAUUAUUCAUGGGAAUUAUAAUUUAGAUUGUUUUAAACUAUAUUUAUUGAAUGAGAUGCAGACUGACAAAAGAGUACCUUAAUGGAAAAGUAAUUUUUAUAAGUUUAAAUAAAAAAGAUUCGAUAGAUAAUUUUCUCAGCUACACAGUAGAUUUGGGCACAUUAAAUAACAGAUACCAAUAUAUUGAAUUAUCCAUAUAUGCCAAACAGAUUAAUGCCAAAAAUUGCUCUCAAACAUUUAAAAAAUUCUAUCGACUCCUACAUCAAUCACUCAAUGGAUCCCAGGAAACACAAAAAAUUAUGCAACUCUGAUUGCUUACAUAUUGGCCAAAUAUAGGCAAGCACUUUACCUGGAAGAUGGGAAGAAAACCCUUGAGAAAAACUAACAAUGGCCCAUCUCUCACUUGACUUACUACAAAGUAUCUUGCCAUGACCUACAUAACAUACUACAAAGUAUCUUGCCAUGACCUACAUAACCUUUUUGUUUCAAGAGAAAGAUAUUUCAAAAUAAUUUAUUAGUAAAUAUUUUUGAAAAUUUGACAUUAUUUUAUUUUAAUUGUACAAAGAAAUCUCAAAAAACUAAAUUAGCAUUUUUUUCAGAUUAUUCUCCUAAGCUUUAAUUAGAAAUCAUUGAAGCUGUGUGCCAUUACAAUAUCAUUAGCUAUUUGAACCUAUAAGCCUACAAUACAGCAAACCAAUAUAAUGUCCAUCACUUGAAAUUGAUCAGAAUAUAGUCGAAUCGCUUAAAGCAUCAUUUAAUCCUUCACCUAGUGAUUGAUUUUGACAGAUAUUGCCAUUGAUUUUGGCUGUAGUUGAGACAUAAAUUGUGAUUUCCUAUUUAUUUAAAAGAAUAUAUUAAAAUGGCAUGACAUUGUUAUUAUCUAUUUUAUUGAUUUAUUUCAGACGAGGAGGAGGAGCAACCAGUUAUUCAAAUUAAAAGAAUUAUUUUUAUUUUACAUUGAUGAAAUUUAAAUUAAGAAGAAAUUUUCUUAGUUGGCAUAAAAUAUGUAUGACUAUUUCAUAAUGAAAUUAAAAAGCCUAAUUCUUAUUUCUAUUUGUUCAAACUUUCCGAGAACAGAAAUUCAAAUUCUGAUUAUGUGCUGCUGAGUUAAAAAAAAAAUGCAUUUCUAUUUCUCAUGAUGGCACUAAUUAAACAUAGUAAGACAUUUGGUGACAGUACACACUAUUUUGUUUAAUCUAAGUACUUCUUGAAAAUGUCACCUGUUCAUUUGUUAAAUCUUGUAUUGUAUGUUAUGAACAUAUGUAAGCAAUUUGAUACAUGGAGGAUGUAAGUUUAAAAAAAUAUUUUUGAGAAAAAGAAAAAAAAAGUAAGUUAAAAAAAUAAUUUUGUCAAUGCAUUUUUCCUAAUAAAACUUAAAAAUACUUCAGUAGGUCAUUUAAAAAGGAAGAUUAAUUAUGGCUACAAAUGAUACCCUUCUGUUACCCUGGUGUUUCAUGGCUUGCUCCUCCCCUUAAACAUUCCAAUUUAGUAUAGUGCCAGUAUUUUAAAAAUUACAUGCUUUAAAUGUCGUUCACAGGAUUAUAUUUAUUUUAUUGUAUUUAUUGUCUGUGGCUUAUUAAAAGUUUAAUGGUUAAAAAAAUCA